UGUACGUGUGUGAUGACUGGUGCAACAACAGCGUGAUUAGUGAGAGGCACUGUUCACAUGACAUUGAGUACAUGUCCGUUCAAUGCUGGCCCUUUUACGUCCCAAGGGAGCUAAUUGCAGCCAUCAUCACAGCUGUUUAUAUCUCACCAGAUGCUAACGUUAACAAUACGCUCUCUCUCCAGCUGGACAUUAUUAAUAAACAGUAGUAGACCCACCUCGAAGACACUCAAAUUAUAGCUGUGGAUUUUAACAAGAUCAAUCUAAAGACUUAUACUCCCAAAGUUCCACCAGUGUGGCAAAUGUCCAACAAAAUGUAGAAAAUUUUAGCAUGUGUCAUCUGAAAUUAAGCACAAAUACAUAACCACAUGCCUCCCCCUACAUUGGUGAGUGAGAUCAUAUUUACCUGCUGCUCAUCCCUUCAUACACCCGCUUUCAGAUGCAGAUCCGGGCCCAUUACGAAGACUAACUACCUGGCCAGAGACUGAGCUCAGUGCAAUUCAAAACUGCUUCCAACACACAGACUGGGACCUAUUUGAACACCAGGACUUGGACAUAUACAGAGGGGCUGCACUGGACUAUAUUAAGUUCUGUAUCGAAACUGUGUGUGUGUGAAGAAAAGCAUCAGGGUUUUUCCAAUCCAGAAACCCUGGAUGACCAGUCAGGUUCGAUCACUUCUUCGGGCCCAUGACACUAGCGUCAGGUGAGGUGACAGAGCUCUUUACAGCCCGGCUCGAGAUGAGAAAGAAAAACAUUGAAAAUGUCAAAACGGACUAUAGGAGGAGCAUAGAGUCACACCUUGCCAGCAACAGACUUUGGGAGGUGUGACAGGGUUUACAAAGGUUCAAAAACCUCAGAGAUCUGUGAUGUGACACCAGGAGACACAGGCGAUUUAUUAGCUGAGUAGCUCAAUGGGUUCUUUUCUCGCUUUGAAUCUUCACAGUGACAUUCAGCUGCUCCCCCAGGCUUCAAUAAAUCCCCAUUCACGGUACAAGAGGAUGAUGUGAGGCGUGUGCUCCUGGCCAGGAACACCAGGAAGACUGUUGGCGCAGACUGAGUACCAGGCAACGUGCUCAGAGCAUGUGCCCAUCAGCCGUCCAGCAUCUUUUGCAAGGUCUUCAAACUCUCACUGGCCCAAGCAGUCAUUCCCAACUGGAUGAAAUCAUCAACAAUCAUACCGAUCUCCAAAAAGAAACCCUUGACCAUCUUAAACGACUCCUGCCCUGUUUCCCUAUCACCUGUCAUCAUGAAGUGCUUUGAGAGGCUGGUUCUCAAUUGCAUCAAAGAUUGUCUCCCCACCAACUUCGACCCCCACCAGCUCGCAAACCGGCCGAAUAUAUCAACAGAGAACAUCAUCGCCAUAGCCCUGCACGCUGUCUUGAGCCACCUGGACCGACCGCAGUGCUACGCUAGGAUGCUCUUUCUGGAUUACAGCUCGCGAUUUAACAUAAUCAUACCGGACAUUGUGUCAACUAAACUAGACAUCCUGGGCCUGCUUCCUCUCACAUCCAUCUGGAUCAAGGUCUUUUUGGCCAACAGAGUCCAGAAGGCGAGAAUCGGCUCCCACCUUUCCUCCACAUGCACACUGAGCACCAGCUCAACACGGGGCUGAAUGCUGAGCCCCCUCCUGGACUGUCACUACACUGGAAACAGCACCGCAGUCCACAUAACAAUGACAUCGUCAAAUUCACUGAUGAUACAACAGUGGUCAGGCUGAUCUCAAAGAGAGACGAGGCGCUCUCGAGGGAGGAGGUCCAGAACCUCACAACCUGGUGUUCAGACAGCAAUCAGACACUGAAGCAAAGUGUGCGGCCUCCAGUCUUCAUCAAUGGCAAGUGUGUGACGAGAAUCCACAUGUUCAGAUUCUGGGGGGGUCCUGAUCGCCGAAGACCACGUCUCAGCAUUUAUCAGGCAGGCUCAACAGCGUCUCCAUUUCCUGAGAGUCCUUGGGGAAAACAACCUGGACACAAACAUACAGCUGACCUUCUACCUCUCAUCCAGUGAGAGCCUGCUGAUGUACUGUGUCUCCAUCUGGUAUGGGAGCUGUACUGAGGCCGACACAGCAAGCACAGAAGCUCAUUGGCUGCCCUCUUCCCUCCGUGGCAAACAUCUAAUGUGCUCUGUGCCUCAGCAGAGCUGGGAACACAAUUAAGGACACUAGAGACAGCGGUUCUCAACUGUUUGAGCUGCUGCCAUUUGGAAGGUGGUAGAGAUGCACCAAAGCAAAGACCAACAGACUGAAGGUUUUUUUUUCCUGAGCAAUCACCAUCCUGAAUUCUCAUUUUUCCUUAAGCCGUGCUGUUAAUCAAUAUGUGAAGGGAUGCUGAUUUUCAACAUCUUGUGCAAUGCACUUUAUCUAUUCCAUUUUUAUGUAUUUUUACCUCGCACUUUUGUAUGCACUAAAACAGGAGAUGCUUUCCUAGCUUAUUGUAUUAUGUAUGAUGACAAGAAAUGGCAUUCUAUUCUAUUUACUGCAGCACUCCCGAUACACUUAACUUGUGAGGAAGCCUAUCCUCGAGGUCGGGUUGUCAUCCGUGGUGGUAUUAGCGUGAGUUCCGUUGUUUAGUUUGUCACAAACAGAUUCUGUUUCAAGGAAUUUUCCACGGAUAGUGUAAAUUGGACUACGCUUUGGAGCAGUGAGACGCCCAUAAAGGUUUUCAAACUGGUGAUAAACUGCAGUCGGGGACUUCUAAACAGGCCGCAAUUUUGCCACACCGCUCCUAUGUCAAUAAUUACAAAAAAAAUGCAAAACCAAGUUAUAAGACGCUGAUGGUCUCACAUCUUCCAGAAUGAAACAUAAUAGAAAAUAGAAAAUAAGGAAGUGUAUAAUGACUUUUGGGAUACUGUGGAUUUACAAAUGUGUACUUAAUCUUUGCAUUUCCCUGUGCUUGUACUUAAAAUAAUAAUAAGCAGGUUGUUAUGCAAACUGUUUCCUAUUUUGCUUGCACUGAAUUAAUGGGUACGAGACCCUCAAACUGUCAUUAUUCCCUUUCAGGAGGACUUGUGCAUGUCAGGGAUUAAAUCCAGAUGCAUGUGGAGCGUCAUUCUCUUUCGGGUGCUCAUGGAGCAUGUACUAUAAUGGCUGCAAAUUUGCAAGGAGUAAAAUUCCAAGAAAAUUUAAACUACAAGGAGAUGAUGUCAGAGAGGAAGAGAGACUGGAGCACAACUUUCAACAUCUGGCCACCUUACUGGGCCCCUUGUAUAAAAAUAUGGCACCUGAAGCUUAUGGAAACCAGGUUGAACAUGAACAGAGAGCACCCGAUUGUCGACUGGGGGUAAAGGAGGGGCGACCCUUCUCUGGGGUGACUGCUUGUCUGGACUUCUGCGCUCAUGCUCAUAGAGAUGUCCACAACAUGCAAGGGGGCAGUACUGUGGUAUGCACAUUAACAAGGGAAGAUAAUAGAGAGAUUGGAAAGAUACCAGAAGAUGAGCAGCUCCACGUCCUCCCACUGUACAAGGUUGCCAACACGGAUGAAUAUGGCAGUGAGGAGGGCCAGCAGGAAAAAAUCAAAACGGGUGCCAUUCAAGCCCUCAGUGCCUUCCGCCGCCAGGUGCGCAUGCUUGCAGAGCCAGCCAAGUCGUGUCGCCAAAAGAAACUGGAUGCUAAGAAAGCGGCGGCUGUCAAGAAUGCCAUGUUAGACAACUCUCAUGAUAAGGCAGAGAAAAUGACCCCGUCGAAGACAAAAGCUGGAACUUGUGAAAACAUCACACUAAGCACACCUGUGCCAGGAUUUAUUCCAGGUGCUAUUGGAGCCUCUCAACAUCCCAAUCAACCCACGGAUCUCCUCAGAGUCCAUUCUCGAGAACUACCGCAUCAACAGCACGAGAGCAUUCUUACCUCCUACCCCGGUGCAACAAAUGUGGCCAAAUAUCCCAGGUUUCCCGGCCACCCAGUAUCUUUUCCAAGCACUUCAGCGCCAGGGAGCAUGUUUCCCCAUCAACCCUCAACACCAGCAAGCCCUUACCCAUCCACAGUCCAUGCUCCUAAUUCAUUCAUUGAUGGAGUUAAGCGUUCAUACCAUAGCUAUCAGUGUAAUGGAGCUAUGCCUGUUGAUAACCACCAUCCAUACUAUGCUUCAAACCAAAAGCAACUGGACAUGUAUCAAAGGCAAGUGCUGCACUCAGAGCAGCAGUAUACAGCACAUCAACGUUUUGAGGUCAAUUAUCCACCAAAUUAUGCUGAUCCAGGUUUACAAGUUAAUGGGUAUAAUACAUGCAGCAUGAGGCCAGUUCACCCCUUGAGAGCUUUCAGUCCGUGUAGUCCUAAUGGAGCCGAAGACCCUCGUUUUAUGGACCCGCUUUCAAGAGCAGCCUCUGCCCACAGAGUGCAAGACUACACGGCUGCCGGGAGCAACUGCAACCAGUUUGGAAGAGCCCCAAAUCCAUACUUGGGAAGUCGACAAAUGUUACCCCCAGGCCAACAACCAUUCCAUAUGCAAAUUAAGCAAGAAAUGGGUAUUGCUAACCCAAAUAUGCUUGGUGCUCAAUUAGGUGGCGGGUGCUUGAACGCAGAAAUACAGACGGGAUUGGAUAUGCUCAACUGCGGCCCCACAGUAAAUGGUAUUAAGCAAGAGCCUGGAGUGCCACAGAGACCCGCAACCCCACACAAGCCAGAAAUUUGGUCGGACAAUGAGCACAACUUCUUAGAUCCCGAUAUCGGUGGCGUAGCAGUUGCACCGAGCCAUGGCUCGGUCCUCAUUGAAUGCGCCAAACGGGAGCUCCAUGCCACAACGCCUCUGAAAAAUCCAGACCGCCAUCACCCAACACGCAUAUCCUUGGUCUUCUACCAGCACAAAAAUUUGAACGAGGCCAAGCACGGUCUGGCAAUGUGGGAAGCAAAAAUGGCAGAAAAGGCCCGCGAAAAGGAGGAAGACGCAGAGAGGAAUGGUGGCGAGGGGACGCCAAGCAAAGGCAACAAGAAGGGGACGAAGCGUGAGCAUCCCGAGCCGUCAGAUUCUCUUGGGGAGCCUCCUUAUAAGCGUUUUAUAAAGGCACUCGUUGAGGGGUCUUCAUCGUGCACAACCAACACCUAUGUCAAUACAUCUCCGUAUGCCUUUACUAAGGUCACCGGACCUUAUAGUCACUUUGCUUAAAAUACCCUUGAGGAAAAAAAAAAAAAAAUGAAGGUGCUUUAUUUAUGCUACAACAACCUGCAGCACUGGCGUCAUACAAACACUCCUAACCUGUUCAGGUCUUACACAUUUUUAACAACUGAGCUUUACUUGUUGACCCUGCUAUGGAUGUAUUUAUUUUUGUUUUGCAACUUUUGCAAGAUAACACACUGUUGAACCAUCUGGUGCUCUCAAUUCUACACACAGACCUACUUUCCUCCUUCUUACUGGAAAACAAAGCUUAAUUUUUGGAGGCUUUAUUUUAUACUUACUUCAACGUGGCAUAGAAUGCCGAAUUUGAAAGCGACAACUUCAAGGUGCUAAUCAUGUCUCUCUUUUUUAUUAAAUGUCUUGAUACAACAGAUGAAAUAAUUAAACAGGAAAUAAUGGGAGGUUUGUGAAAUCAUUAGCAUCGAAAGGAUCUGCAUGUCGGUGUGUCUUGAGCACUUGAUUAUAAAACUUAAACGAUAAAAGUUAGAUAAUAAAUCAAAAGUAAUUCAUUUCAGAAGAUCCACACGUUAAAAUGCAUUUUUUUAGAAUUCAUGAAAAUUUUCUUCAGUACACUAUUGUGUAGGAGGUUUUUUUUUUUUUUUUUUUCGCUACUGAUAUUCUAUACAUUGAGCCAUUCAAAUGGUGCAUUUUUAUAUUUUAAGAAGAAUUUUUUUUUGUAUUUUUUAUCCAAGGUUUUCCAGUUCACUGUCAGCAAAAAUGUUCCUUUCGGCAGGUUCCUUGAGCCAGCCUGAAUUGUGAAAAUUAAGUGUAGUUUUUUUUUUUGUGUGUCUGUGGUGCUUUGUUGAUGUGCUUUUUAUACACUGAGGAGCAUGAGACAGGGUAAGCUCGGUGUCACUUUCAGAGGGCAGCUGGCUUGCUGUGGGUUCUUUUGAUUAUUGUAAUCUAACUGUAAGAUAAACAGGUGAUAUGUGUACAGUAACUUAAAUUCCCUUUUUUGGAAUUGCUGUUAUAAAUUGUGUUUGUUGUAAAGAAUGCGCGACACGCUUAAUUCAUUGUUUAUCUUUGUGUUCCAAUGGAUCUUGUUUCAUAGGGUGCUAUUGAAACCUGUUAAAACAUACAAUGUGAGACUCUUUUAGGCAGUGAGAAGAAGGCUGUUAAAUAAUGUACAGAACCAACCAGUCAAAUACCUCAAAACCAGUUUGGCAAUAGGAAUAUAUAUAUAUAUAUAUAUAUAUAUAUAUAU